AUGAUUCUAAAUAUUAAGCAUAUCCUGUGGUUAUAUUAUCUGUGUGGUGCUGCAUAUACAACAACAUCCAACACAUUAUCAAUAAUCCAACCAAUCUCUGGAUCCCUCUCAGGGAAAGUAAAUCUUCCCUGCUUCUUCUCCACAAUCCCAACAUCAGCGCCAGUCAUAGGUACAAAUAGAACAGCCAAUUAUGGCAAAGAUUACUUACGAAUCAAAUGGACCAAAAUAAAAGGACAGGAAAAGUCUACAGUGUUGGUGAUGCAAAAUGGGGUCAUCAAGAUGAACCCCAUCUACAGGAACCGUGUGUCAGUGCCCAGUCACCCUGAGGAUGUCGGUGACGCCUCCUUGACUAUGGUCAAGCUGCGAGCUAGUGAUGCUGGGACUUACAGUUGUGAAGCCACAUACGGCAUUGAAGAUACGCAUGAUAUUGUUAACCUUGAUGUCAGUGGUGUUGUUUUUCACUAUCGAGCAAGCCCCAGCAGGUACACCUUAAGUUAUGAGAAAGCUGUCCAAACUUGCAAAGAUAUUGGAGCAAGCAUAGCUACCUAUUCCCAACUGAAAGCAGCUUAUGAAGAUGGAUUUGACCAGUGUGAUGCUGGCUGGAUUGCUGACCAGACAGUGAGAUACCCAAUUACCAGACCAAGAGACGGCUGCCUUGGAAACCUUAAGAUGACACCUGGUGUUAGGACAUACGGAGUUAGAAACCCUUCAGAGACCUACGAUGUAUACUGUUACGUCGAUAAACUUGACGGUGAAGUCUUUUAUGCUCCUGCGGCGGGUAAGCUAACUUUUUUAGAGGCCGCUGAGGAGUGCAAAAAACACAAAGCUGUCUUGGCGUCCACUGGCCAACUCCACGCUGCUUGGAGAAUGGGACUGGACAGAUGUGACUAUGGCUGGCUCUCUGACGGGAGUGUACGACACCCUGUUGUGCAUCCUAGGAUUCCAUGUGGCGGAGGCCUAAUGGGUGUCAGGACACUGUAUCGCUACAGAAAUCAGACCUGCUUUCCAGAACCUUCCAUGAAGUUUGGAGCUUACUGCUUUAGAGGAGGGAGAGACACAAUCAACCAGACUUUCCUUGUGGAUGUAUCUGUACAAGAAGUCAUUACUACCACCACCACCACCAGAUCCACCACUGUUUCCACCACAUCAUUCGACACAACAGCAGAGGCAGAGAAGUCUUCAGACUAUGAUCCCACAUAUGUUACAUCAAUGUUCUCUGUCAGUAUGUCUCCUCCUCAGCCCACUCCCCCAGACCAAGAUGCUCAAUUAAUCACAACAGUUGCACCAACAAUUAUAGAGGAUCCUGAUGAUAACGAUAGUAUAAGCGACAUAGACAUAAAUUACUCUAACAGCUUUGGUACUGUUGGACCUGUUCCUUCCCAUGGUGAAGAGAUCACUGAAAUUCACAUGACGAAAGAGACCACUGGUUCCACAGCAUCCUUUGAAGAUCCAGAUUCCCACUCGGUGAUUGAGAUCAGCACAAUCAAACCUGAUGUACUUCUACUAGAUGACUCUUUAAAUACAGCAGGCAGGUUUGCAGAGGGGAAGACAGAGAAAACUAUUGUGACUCAUAGGAUGAUCACAGAUAUUUCCUCUAAAAUCACAGAUGCUCCUACAGAAUCUACUGAAAUGACCAGGAAAGGAGCAUUUAUUUCCUCUGAAUCAACACCAUUCAUCACAGCUCCUGGUUUCCAGUUAACAACACCAGGAGAUUAUGAAGAUGGGACUAUAAUUGAUAAUUUUCUCCAGGCUACUCCACCAUUCCAGCCAUUCCCACAGAUCAUAGAUCAAACUGCCAUGGAAACAUCAACCCCAACUACAAGUGGCACUACCUCUAGGUAUAACACUGUGCCAGAAGAUGAGAUAAGCACCACAGAAAUAACAGAGACCCUUGACAUUGAAAGGCAAACAAUACAAAAAACACAGGAAGCAGAUUCUCUUGCUACACCUGGUGAUCCAGAUGUAGCUUCCAGGUUCCCGGUUGAGAGCCGAGUGUUUACUGAAGAAGUGGCAUUGUCAACAACUGAACACACCCUCAGUGAGUCCAGCAGUCGGAGAACAGAACAUACUGCAGAAACUCCGACAGAGGUUGACACUUUGGGAAGCAGUGGGGCAGAGAGAUUUACAUUCUCUUCUACGACAUCAGCUGUAACCAGCACGCUCAAAAUCACACCUUCAGUGGUCACGGAGGCACAGAUUCAGAAUAUUUCAGAAAGUAGAACUUCUGGUGAAAACAUCACUAAGUCUACUGAGACACCCAUCACUAAAACCACGUCUGGCUCUUCUGCUUUCAAUAUUCUGUCCGUCUCGACAUCAAGAAAAGCCGAAACAAGUGACACUUCAAAAACAGAUGUUUCUUCAGCUUCAGCGCUCCAGAGCACAGAGGAACCAACAUCAAUGUCAUCUGAAACAUAUCAGACUCUUGCUACAGUGAAGUUGCAGGAAACGUCAGCAGUUCCAGAGGAAAGUUCAAAAUCUCCAAUUACAAGAGAAGAUAGGACAAGUAAACCAACAAGUGAAAUGUCUAGCAGAGACAUUGCAUCUUCUACUGGCUCAUCAUUGUUCAGCACUGAGAAGACAACAAAUCUUCUACCUAAGGAUGACGACAGUGAUCAAACAGGUCAGACAACGACACCUUCACUUUCCACAGUAACAGGCAGAACAGAAAGUUCUUCUGCCGCUUCUCCAGUAGAUACAGACUAUACUAGAGGCCAAACCAUUGACAUGUCCACACCAGUCUCGACUGUUGCAGGGUUAUCGUCAUCUGACAUCGUCAACGAGACAACACGAUCGCCUGAAGCUAUGACGAUUCAAAUAAGCACAGAACCCGAAACCUCUGGAGAAGGCUCUGCUGCUUUUGCUGACAAGUCAGUUGUGACCAUUGCCACCGCAUUCCCAACAUCUGCUGUCUCUGAUGGUAAACCCAUGAGCCCAUCAACGCUUUCUUCGAUUAUUCCAUCUGUCUCAUCAUCCACAACUCUGCAUGAUGAGUAUGAAGAAAUGAGUACAAGGUUUACAACUGUCGAGUCCAUUGAUGUACUCAGUGAAUCAAGUAUUCAACCUGACACAGCUUCAAAGCUCAUUGUCACAGAUCCAGAAAGUGCUGGACAAACACAUUCUAAUGUUACUGAUGAGUCAAUGAAGACAACAGCAGUUUAUACAACAAUAGGCACAAAGUCAGCUUCAGUCUCAGAAUCAUACACAUCUGAAACAAGUGAUGUGUCAAAAACUGCUGUUACGCCAGCCGUCUUACUCCGUAGCACAGCAAAACCAACAUUGGAAUCUACUGAAACAGAACAAACUUUUACCACAUCCCAUUCUCAAGCAAAAUCUGAAACUUCAUUUGACACGUCAAGCUCAGCCAUGACUGAUGGAAGGAGCACAAAUCCAUAUACUAGUGGAUACCCUGAAGAAAUGUCCAGCAAACACAUGGCAUCUCCAACAGGUUCCUCGUUAAUCAGUCCAGAAACCACAACAGCAGAACAAAUUGAUAGCUUUUCAACAGAACAAAGAACUCUCCCCUCAGUUUCAUCCUUUACUGAAAAGCCAGAGAAAAGUGUUGGUCCUACUACAGAAGAUAUGGACGGUUCAGGAACUCUGAGUACAGACUUGUUCACAUCAUCUAUAACCGUUAUUGGUGGAUCUUCCAGUCUCUACAGUAUUGACACAACAACAGUAACAACAUCUCCUGAAUCAGAGUCUGCCUCUGUGAGAACAGAACAAGGUACUUCUGGUGAAAACAUCACUAAGUCUACUGAGACACCCAUCACUAAAACCACGUCUGGCUCUUCUGCUUUCAAUAUUCUGUCCGUCUCGACAUCAAGAAAAGCCGAAACAAGUGACACUUCAAAAACAGAUGUUUCUUCAGCUUCAGCGCUCCAGAGCACAGAGGAACCAACAUCAAUGUCAUCUGAAACAUAUCAGACUCUUGCUACAGUGAAGUUGCAGGAAACGUCAGCAGUUCCAGAGGAAAGUUCAAAAUCUCCAAUUACAAGAGAAGAUAGGACAAGUAAACCAACAAGUGAAAUGUCUAGCAGAGACAUUGCAUCUUCUACUGGCUCAUCAUUGUUCAGCACUGAGAAGACAACAAAUCUUCUACCUAAGGAUGACGACAGUGAUCAAACAGGUCAGACAACGACACCUUCACUUUCCACAGUAACAGGCAGAACAGAAAGUUCUUCUGCCGCUUCUCCAGUAGAUACAGACUAUACUAGAGGCCAAACCAUUGACAUGUCCACACCAGUCUCGACUGUUGCAGGGUUAUCGUCAUCUGAUAUCGUCAACGAGACAACACGAUCGCCUGAAGCUAUGACGAUUCAAAUAAGCACAGAACCCGAAACCUCUGGAGAAGGCUCUGCUGCUUUUGCUGACAAGUCAGUUGUGACCAUUGCCACCGCAUUCCCAACAUCUGCUGUCUCUGAUGGUAAACCCAUGAGCCCAUCAACGCUUUCUUCGAUUAUUCCAUCUGUCUCAUCAUCCACAACUCUGCAUGAUGAGUAUGAAGAAAUGAGUACAAGGUUUACAACUGUCGAGUCCAUUGAUGUACUCAGUGAAUCAAGUAUUCAACCUGACACAGCUUCAAAGCUCAUUGUCACAGAUCCAGAAAGUGCUGGACAAACACAUUCUAAUGUUACUGAUGAGUCAAUGAAGACAACAGCAGUUUAUACAACAAUAGGCACAAAGUCAGCUUCAGUCUCAGAAUCAUACACAUCUGAAACAAGUGAUGUGUCAAAAACUGCUGUUACGCCAGCCGUCUUACUCCGUAGCACAGCAAAACCAACAUUGGAAUCUACUGAAACAGAACAAACUUUUACCACAUCCCAUUCUCAAGCAAAAUCUGAAACUUCAUUUGACACGUCAAGCUCAGCCAUGACUGAUGGAAGGAGCACAAAUCCAUAUACUAGUGGAUACCCUGAAGAAAUGUCCAGCAAACACAUGGCAUCUCCAACAGGUUCCUCGUUAAUCAGUCCAGAGACCACAACAGCAGAACAAAUUGAUAGCUUUUCAACAGAACAAAGAACUCUCCCCUCAGUUUCAUCCUUUACUGAAAAGCCAGAGAAAAGUGUUGGUCCUACUACAGAAGAUAUGGACGGUUCAGGAACUCUGAGUACAGACUUGUUCACAUCAUCUAUAACCGUUAUUGGUGGAUCUUCCAGUCUCUACAGUAUUGACACAACAACAGUAACAACAUCUCCUGAAUCAGAGUCUGCCUCUGUGAGAACAGAACAAGGUACUUCUGGUGAAAACAUCACUAAGUCUACUGAGACACCCAUCACUAAAACCACGUCUGGCUCUUCUGCUUUCAAUAUUCUGUCCGUCUCGACAUCAAGAAAAGCCGAAACAAGUGACACUUCAAAAACAGAUGUUUCUUCAGCUUCAGCGCUCCAGAGCACAGAGGAACCAACAUCAAUGUCAUCUGAAACAUAUCAGACUCUUGCUACAGUGAAGUUGCAGGAAACGUCAGCAGUUCCAGAGGAAAGUUCAAAAUCUCCAAUUACAAGAGAAGAUAGGACAAGUAAACCAACAAGUGAAAUGUCUAGCAGAGACAUUGCAUCUUCUACUGGCUCAUCAUUGUUCAGCACUGAGAAGACAACAAAUCUUCUACCUAAGGAUGACGACAGUGUUCAAACAGGUCAGACAACGACACCUUCACUUUCCACAGUAACAGGCAGAACAGAAAGUUCUUCUGCCGCUUCUCCAGUAGAUACAGACUAUACUAGAGGCCAAACCAUUGACAUGUCCACACCAGUCUCGACUGUUGCAGGGUUAUCGUCAUCUGACAUCGUCAACGAGACAACACGAUCGCCUGAAGCUAUGACGAUUCAAAUAAGCACAGAACCCGAAACCUCUGGAGAAGGCUCUGCUGCUUUUGCUGACAAGUCAGUUGUGACCAUUGCCACCGCAUUCCCAACAUCUGCUGUCUCUGAUGGUAAACCCAUGAGCCCAUCAACGCUUUCUUCGAUUAUUCCAUCUGUCUCAUCAUCCACAACUCUGCAUGAUGAGUAUGAAGAAAUGAGUACAAGGUUUACAACUGUCGAGUCCAUUGAUGUACUCAGUGAAUCAAGUAUUCAACCUGACACAGCUUCAAAGCUCAUUGUCACAGAUCCAGAAAGUGCUGGACAAACACAUUCUAAUGUUACUGAUGAGUCAAUGAAGACAACAGCAGUUUAUACAACAAUAGGCACAAAGUCAGCUUCAGUCUCAGAAUCAUACACAUCUGAAACAAGUGAUGUGUCAAAAACUGCUGUUACGCCAGCCGACUUACUCCGUAGCACAGCAAAACCAACAUUGGAAUCUACUGAAACAGAACAAACUUUUAUCACAUCCCAUUCUCAAGCAAAAUCUGAAACUUCAUUUGAAACAUCAAGUUCUGCCAUUACAGAUAGAAGGAGCACAAAUCCAUAUACUAGUGGAUACCCUGAAGAAAUGUCCAGCAAACACAUGGCAUCUCCAACAGGUUCCUCGUUAAUCAGUCCAGAAACCACAACAGCAGAACAAAUUGAUAGCUUUUCAACAGAACAAAGAACUCUCCCAUUUAUUUCAUCAUUUGAAGUCACUACAAGAUUGUCCACUAAUGAACCUAACUUUUCUUUUACCAGUGAAGAGGUGAUAUCACCAGAAACUGAUGACUUCAAUAAGGUGGAGUAUUCAGCCUUCGAAGGAUCUGCAGACAUAGAUGACACAAUGCUUGAAAUGCAAACAGAAGCUCAGCAACCCUUUGUCGAAAUAUCUUCCCUAGCAAUCUCUGCAGCAAGCUUAUCAGAUGCAAAGCAUACCGAACUCACCACAAAAUCUCACAAUGAUUAUUUUGUUGCAACAGAUGAGGCUGAAACAGAUGAGACUGAAAGUCAAUCUUUAACAAGUCUUUCUGGUACACAACCUGCCAAAAAAAUUUUCUCCUCCACUCUAGCCCCACAGAUGACAAACAGAGAGACUAAUUUUGCUGAUCCGAGCAUUGGAAAUGGUUUUUUUGAUGCCAACCCUAGUGAGUCAACAUUUCAAUCAGUGUCUAAUGCCACGUUUAGAGACAUGUCAGAUGAAACAGAAACCCUUGUUUCAAUUAAAACAACAUUUGGUGAGCAGAUUUCCAAAAAAGGGGUUGAACAUUUCUCAAAUACAGAAAACCCCCUCAGUUUUGAACCAAUAAAACAUCCAGAUACAAGAACAAAAAGUCCAGAUAAAGAUGGAGUGGCAAUAGAAGAGGAAGCAACACAAUCGUCUCAUAAAACAGAGUAUGUUAUAAAUGAUCACACAGUUAAUAGUUCUAGCAGUGACACUAAUAUAAAAUAUAUCCUAUCAAAAUCCACACCAUCUCCUGGUAUUAGAUAUCAUAGUAACAAAGAACAACAGGUUGUGAUUGUUAUGCCAAGUCACGACAAAACUGAGACCGGACAAACUAAACAAAUGCCUACUAUGAUCUUGCAUGCAUCUGAACCAUCAAGCAGUGCAUCCAUUCUAUUCACAGAGGAUACAAAAGAUGAAGAUAAACUUUUUUCUGGAGUCACAUAUAAUUUGAGGCAAGAAAGUUCCACCUCCAAAGUCAUCACAAAAGAUAAUAUAUUCAUUAAUUUUGAUACUACAUCUGCAGUUUCCUCCUCUCCAUUUUACCCAACUAUCCGGACAGAGGAAGUUGGAGUUGAUUCAGCAAUUACAAUAACACAAGAGAUGAACUUAAGAGAAGAACCGGAAGGCUCAGGGGCUGUCAAUGCUCCUUUUUUUACUCCUUCACCAGUAACUACAGAUUCAGUUUCAGUCACUGACCUGUCAAGGUCUUUUUUGUUAUCAUCAACUCAAGCUACUACUGAGUCAACAUAUUCAAGUUCUAAAGAAAGCCUUGGUGGACAUACAGCCCAAACUACUACUUUUUCUGCUGGAAAUGAUCAAAACAGAUCAAUGACUUCAUCAACAAAAACUAAAGUAUCUUCAGUAACUGGAGUUUCAAGUAAACUUGUUUCCUCUAACCCUUCUCUCAAAGAAAUUUCAGCUUCAGCUUCAUCUGACUAUAUAAUUAAAUUCCACUCAACUGUUUCACCUGUAGUAACACCUCAGAAGUCAUUUGAACAAGUGAGAUCAGAGAUCACAAACACAUACCACCCACAACCAGAGAAUUUCUCUGAAGAAUUAUCACAAGCCACAAUUUACCCUAUGUCCACAACUCAUGAAAAACUUCUGGUUGAAGAAUCAACCAGUUAUCAUCCUGGUAAUUAUUCUGUGAGUCAGGUUGAUUAUGGUUUGGCAAGUCAUGUGACAGCUCUCCCAAAACAAAUUUCUGAUGCAAACGUUGGAAAACAAACAUCCCCACAGAGUAGCUUUUACCCUGACAAUGAUCAUCAUGCCCCAGUCAGUGGUGCAGGAAACCAAAAACUUCUUCACUCUGUUUCUCAGUACAAUGAAACCUCAGAAUCAAACACUAGUGAAGUGGAUAUUUCCACACUGUCCAAAGCAUCUACAAGUGAGUCUUCCCAGACUGUAUUCAAGGCAACUGCUACAACAAUAUCAAGUAUCCAUGGAGAAUUAACAACAUCAACACAGUCACCAAACCAGGUAGAAUUAGGUACAUCUUUAGCCACACAACCUUCAUCCUUUUCUGAGGAAGAAGAAAAACACGACAGGAAAACAUCAACAUUUCCAUUCCUUAAUGAAAGAGAUCCAGCAAUAGAAGAAGGAACAACCCCCUCUGUCCAAAUAAGACUGGAUGUGGGCCACACAGUUGUUGGCGAGACAGUGGACAUUUCUGGAAUGUAUUCAUGUAAGGAGAACAUUUGUCUGAAUGGAGGAUCUUGCUUCAAGAGUGGCAGCAUCUAUUCAUGUAGCUGUUCUCCGGGUUACACUGGUCAUCAGUGUGAAACGGACAUUGAUGAGUGCCAGUCAAAUCCAUGCCGUAAUGGAGGCACAUGUGUUGAUGGGCUGGCUUCCUUUACAUGCGUGUGUCUCCCAAGCUACUCUGGGCUUUACUGUGAGAAAGAUACUGAAAUAUGUGACUAUGGUUGGCACAAGUUUCAAGGCCAUUGCUACAAAUUCUUCCCCCAGAGGAAAGGUUGGGACUCUGCAGAGCGAGAGUGCCGCAUUCAGGGAGCUCAUCUCACCAGCAUCCUUUCCCAUGAAGAACAACAGUUUGUCAACCGUCUUGGACAGGAUUACCAGUGGGUUGGCCUGAAUGAUAAGAUGUUUGACAAUGACUUCCGCUGGACUGAUGGCAGCCCUGUGCAAUAUGAAAACUGGAGGCCCAACCAGCCUGACAGCUUCUUUUCAUCUGGAGAAGACUGUGUGGUGAUGAUUUGGCAUGAGGGUGGCCAGUGGAACGAUGUCCCUUGCAACUAUCAUCUAACCUUCACAUGCAAGAAAGGCACAGUGGCCUGCAGCCAGCCCCCUGUGGUUGAAAAUGCACGUACCUUUGGUAGAAAGCGUGAGAGGUAUGAAAUCAACACACUGGUGAGGUACCAGUGUCGAAAUGGGUUCAUUCAGAGACAUGUUCCAACCAUCCGCUGCCGUGGCGAUGGACGGUGGGAUACACCUAAAAUCACCUGUAUAAGCCCGUCGAGCUAUCAGAGGUCCUUCAUGAGGAGACAUCAACCCCAUGCGCUAUACAGUAUCAAUAAUUUCAAAAAAUGGCAGGAUGAGACCUUGCGCCACCACCAUCAGCGCAACAGGGGAAGGAGAGACAGAACAAUACAAAAGAGGACAAAGCAAUGAUUUCCAAGAGAAAUCAAGAACACUUGCUUGAUGGUUGGAAGAAAGGAAGACCAUAAAAAAAGUGCAUUAAAAAGAGCUCAUCAACAGAAACCGAGGAUAAACUGCAAGUUUCUUGUAUUUACAAUGACGAAAAUAUCUUAUAAAGUGCCUUUGAAAUAAUUUUAGCUGACAAUUCAUUUCAAGAGAGACUGCUAAAUUCAUAGUGAGGACAAACUCUUUCAGCUGGCUUCUGGAAGCACAAUGAGCUGUCUAAUUUGAUAUUCUUUUAUGUUUUAUUUUUUUUAUUUUAUGUUGACUAAUUAUAUGAAACAUUCAUUGUUGCUAUCUGAUGCAUCAACUGUUCUAUUUAAAGCCAAGUGUCCAACAUAUAUAGAAAGAACAUAAUACAGCUUAUGUCACAUAAAAAGAAUUUAUUUUGUCAUCCUGUUUAAUGCUGGAAUGCAUGAAUGCAUACGCAUAAAUAUGUUUUCUCAAUUUAAUCAAAGAUACUACAUGUCAUGAGUUGUAGUUUUUUUCUCAGAUUGCAAAUAGGGCUAAUAAUUAGCACAGUGCACAAGAUUUUUGUUUUUUUAAUAUAAAAAAAAACUUUUUUCUUUACGAACUUAGACUAAAAAGGCUUGAAAAACAUUGCUUGAAAGUAUUUUCACAGGCAAUAACAACAAAUAGCCUUUUUCUCACCAGGGAAAAUCUAUUUGGUGGCAGCUUUCAAAGGUUCGAAUUACCAGCUUUCCCUGUUUUCUUCUCAUAAGCAACAUUUAUGUACAUGUAUGUAUCGACAGAAUCUUUCAAAUAUUACUGGCCUGACUUUUGUAUGAUACAGUUUUGAAAGGUUCCUCUCUGAGUACUUAUUGACAAAACCUUUAAACACAGACAGAAACUGAUGUCAUUCUAUUUCAAAAUGAGUGAAAAACCACCAUGUGUAGCUCAAGCAGCCUGGAUUUCUAUUCAGCUCACAAUCCUUUGGUACAGCAUGUUUACAUUACUGUUCUGCUGUUAAUUGUAACACAUCAAAAAUAAUCUUUUUCAUGUGUUUCGGUUGUGUUUUUACCAUAAAAAAUGUUUUUCUUUUAAAGUUUUCUUUUACUUUUUGUUUUAACUGUGCUUCACUGCUUUUGCUGCACAUCAAAUCAACCAUUGAGAGAAUGUAUUUUUGUGAAACACUCAGAGACUUGAACACUAAAGCUGUUAGGGUGGAAGAGAUACAAAUAAUUUAUUUUCAAGCUGCUUUUUAUCUCCUCGUGUGUUUUUUACUGACAAGUAAAAUGUGUUGAUGUCACUGGUCCCAGCAGUGCUCUUUUUAUGUGUAUGUUCAAUAGAAGACAAGACAUGCUCAGAAUGUCUAAACCUGAUGCAAUAAAGACAGAAAUUUACUCAUUUUAUGCAGUUUAAUCAGUUUAUAUGUCCUUUAGCAUCUCUUAAUACCACAGUGAACCAAGAGACAUGGAGGGCACGAUAAGCAAUAAUUUUGUUCUGAAAUAGUGACUAAAUCUAUUUUUACAUGUGAAUGGCUGUGUCUCUGCAACAGUUCUAUUGGAGCAAUGUUGCUUUAUUUGGUCUGCCUGUGAAUGUUUAAGUGCGUUUUGCCCUAUUGUGCACAUAAUAUCAUUUUAUAUUUAUAUAGCAACUUAUUUUUGAUUCUACUUUACAAUGUGAAUGUAUGAGAUGUAUGUGAAUUGUUUUAUUUUUAAAAGAGUAAACUGUUUUUCCUUCUUUUACUCACCAAAGAACCAAAUAAAUAUAUGGAUGUGUGAUAUUU